CUUCAGUUGAGAAGCCUCCUUAUUUGUCGUCGUUGACUGUGGACAUUGUAUAGGCGGAAGUAUCUCUAGCCUAUCCCAGCGAGUUGCUCCCGCGGUCAUGGAUGAAGAGCUGUCACCUCUGGAGUACCUGCUGCCCUCAGGCAAACAGAGGAUCGCUUUGAUCAUCCUGAACCAGCCUUUGGAUAAGGACUAUCUUGACAUACUGUGGAGUAAAGCCCGAGUGACGGCGUGUGCUGAUGGCGGCGCCAAUCACCUGUAUCACGUCACCAGAAAAAGUGACAGCUUCCUCCCCGACUAUAUCAGUGGAGAUUUUGAUUCCAUUACUGCGGAGGUCCGAGCUUUCUACGCAGACAAGGGGUGCCGUCUGAUAGAAACAAGCGACCAGGAUUUUACGGACUACACGAAGUGUCUGCUCAUCAUGGUGGAGGAGAUUCAACGACGGAAUCUGCAGGUGGAUGCCAUCGUGACACUGGGAGGGCUGGCGGGCAGACUUGACCAGAUCAUGGCUACUCUCGAGACCCUCCAUCACGCUUUGUCUAUGACGCAACUUCCGUUGGUAGUCAUCCAAGGGACCAGCCUGGCCUACCUGCUCAGACCUGGUGAGCACGCACUCGGGGUGAACACGGGCAUCGAGGGCGAUUGGUGUAGCCUUAUUCCAGUUGGGGGGCCCUGCCAAACAACCACAACAGGACUCCGAUGGAACCUCAACAACCAGGUUCUGCAGUUCGGGAAGCUGGUGAGCACAUCCAACACCUAUGAGUCGGUUUCCCCCGGACAACCCAGGAAGCGCAUAACCGUCACCACAGACCAGCCUCUGCUUUGGAGCAUGGGCAUCCAUAAAGGAUUGCAAUGACCCAUCCGCCCAUCUUUUUUUCUUUUUAAAUACCACUUGACCUCCUAAGGGCUGCAACUGAACUGAAGCCUGUCCCAGCUGGCAUAGGAGGCGGGGUUCACCCUGCACUGCCCACCAUCCAAUCACAGGACUGAAACGAUGGCAAACGGUAACAUCAAAAAUGUUCAUUUUUUUAUUCCAAGUUCGCUGUAAACUAGGGAUCUUGCUCCAGAAUGUAAGACUGUUUUUUCAAGUGAUUAGCUGUGCUCGUGAGAAAAAAAAGGCACUUUGUUCAUCCCCUUUUGUUUUAUUUCAAAAGUGAAAGAAAUGUCAACAGAAUGUAAAAACGUCAUCCUUCACCCCCACAUCACAACUGUACACGGCAAUGUUCUGGUCUCAGAUGUUCAGGGCUUUUAACCACCACUGCAAGACAAAAUGAGAACAAUUUGAUUAAGCUUUGCGCAUACAAAUUGGAUGUGAAAGCUAUAGCAUGCUUUUGUUUUGGUUGUAACUGUGGCAAAUACAGAUAAUAGCGGCUUUCAUACCAUAUAACAAAUUUAGUUAACUGAUUGCAGAUGAAUAGGCAAUUUAGUAUUGAGUAAGUAAUUUAAUGUGGGAUACAUUUUGGUAACUGGUGAUGACAACUGUGUGUAGUGCAAUGAUUUCCCACCACUGUCCUGAAUAAACGACCCAAAUUUGGUUGCACG